CAAUGCACCGCGCUGUGUUUGUAUCGCUGACUUUUAAUGCCGAUGACAGCCCAGGAUGGAGGCAGUUCUAGCCACGUAUGAGAAUCAAAUCAAUGUGUUCUCUGAGUUUUUAGAGGACUUACCAGAUACAGAUGAGCCAGUAUGGAUCUUGGGAGCAUGUUACAAUGUUAAAACAAAUAAAUCGGAGCUGCUCGCAGAUGUGCGAUCACGACUGUGGUUCACAUAUAGGAAAAAGUUUUCUCCCAUAGGAGGAACAGGUCCGUCAUCAGAUGCAGGCUGGGGCUGUAUGCUACGCUGUGGACAGAUGAUUCUCGCACAGGCUUUAAUAUGCCGGCACCUAGGACAAGACUGGCGGUGGGAUCCAGAGAAAGCUCAGCCCAAAGAGUAUCACCGUAUCUUGAACUGCUUUCUUGACAAGAAGGACAGCUGCUACUCUAUCCACCAGAUGGCUCAGAUGGGAGUCGGAGAGGGCAAGUCUGUUGGAGAAUGGUAUGGCCCAAACACAGUGGCACAAGUUCUCAAGAAACUUGCCCUGUUUGAUGAUUGGAAUUCUUUGGCUGUAUAUGUGUCAAUGGACAACACGGUUGUAAUUGAGGACAUCAAGAAGCAGUGUCAGCAGCCAGGCCAGAGGGUCAAGCCCAGGGCUGGUCCCUGUGGCUGGGGGGAGGUGUCUGUGUCGGACCAGAGCUGUUCAGAGGCUCAGGAAAGGGACCCUAACCCUCCUUCUCUAGGGCCCCUGGACUGGAGGCCCCUGUUGCUGGUCAUUCCACUCCGGAUGGGCAUCAACAGCAUCAACCCAGUCUACAUUCAGGCCCUUAAAGAGUGUUUUAAGAUGCCUCAGUCAUGUGGUGUUUUAGGAGGAAAGCCCAACCUGGCCUAUUAUUUUAUUGGAUUCAUAGAUGAUGAGUUGAUCUAUCUGGACCCUCACACCACUCAGCAGGCAUUGGAGUCUGACUCAGGCAUUGCAGUGGAUGAUGCAAGUUAUCACUGUCACAGAACUCCUCACCGCAUGAAAAUCACAAACCUGGACCCUUCUGUCGCACUGGGUUUUUUCUGUAAGGGUGAGGAGGACUUUGACAGCUGGUGUGAUCUGAUUCAGCAGGAGCUCCUAAAGAAAAGAAACUUGCGGAUGUUCGAGCUGGUAGAGAAACAUCCCUCUCACUGGCCUCCAUUUGUUCCCCCCACCAAACCAGAGGUGCAGACCACUGGAGCAGAAUUCAUAGAGUCCCCAGACAAGCUGUUUGAGUCAGAGGAGGAGUUUGAGAUCCUAAACGUGUGAUCUCAGUCAACCAACGAGAGCCCAGGAUGAGGAGGCAAUCCUCAUCACGAGCAAUCCUCUGCUCCACACUGCACAAGUGUCUCGGAUCAACACCAAGCACAAAAUGGUUACAAUGAGCAAAAAUAAGCAAACGAUAGCAACACCACAACGCAUAAAACAACAGCCAGGCCAAUACAAGACUGUCUCUACAGUAGAAAUUAGCUUGGUCUGGGCUUUUAACUGUAACAGGAAUAAACCAAGCCAAGGGUCGCAGUAGCAACUUUAUGUGAUGUUUCGCCUCAGUCAGAGGUAAUUUAAGAGACUUGUGUUUUUAGUUUUUAAAAGAACAGAGGACUGUCGAGUUGCAUGAACUAUAUCGUACUAAGCAGUGAAGAUCUGCACUAGGGCGAUUUCUUCACAGCCUCAACACUCUCUACCUCCUGAUCACAGGAGACAGUGAAUAUGCAGACAUCUUUUAUUCAGUGUUAUUCAAGGAAAAAACAACAACCUUAUUGGUUCAAAAAGUGCCUCUCUCUUUGACAUAUUUAUGUUUCUGACUGGUGAGUGUGAUGUUUCGUUUCCUUUUUUACCGUGGAAUAAUUAUUACACCCACCUCUGCACACAUGUAAAUAUUGCUUCAAAUGAAGAUAUUUAAAUAUGUUUAGCAAGAUUUGAUUAGUCCUGUCAUCUUUUUAAAACAAUAAACUGUAAAGCA